AUGGAUGAUAGACUAAGUGGUUUGCCAGAUGAUCUCCUCCUUAAAAUCCUGUCUUUUGUUCGGUUAAAAGAUGCUAUUAGAACUAGUGUUUUGUCUCCCAGAUGGAGGUAUCUCUGGACUUCAAUUCCCCAUCUUAUUUUCUCAAGUCACUAUUUCUCUACGAUGGACAAGCUGUCCGACUUUGUUACCCAUGUCCUCUCUCGUCGCAAUGAUCAAGUUCGGUUGUCUUCUUUCAAGCUUUAUCUUCAUGGAGAGCAUGCCCAUGAUGUUACCCAAAGGAUUAUGAACCAUGCAUUCUCCCUUAACGUCCAUCGUGUGAAAUUUAAAGGUUUGCUUGAGACCGGCCAAUGGUACACCAUGCCGAAAGUUAAAGUCCCUCUUUCUCUUUCAUGCUCUCAGACUCUCAAACGUCUCACCUUAAUCCAGGGUUCUUGUCCUUGCGAUGAGAUCGUACUCACAUCAGCACAGGAGUUUUCAUCUCUAACAACUUUACAUCUUCGUUUUGUCUCGUUUUACGAUGGUUUUCUCUCCAUGUGCCCCAACUUGAAGAAUCUGACCUUAGUUGGCUGCAAAGUGACUGGAUCGCCUGUUUUAACGAUUUGUCAUCCUCGACUUUCUAACCUCACCAUUGAUAAAGGAGACUUUUGGACACUACUGUCAAUGUGGUUGCACCUCGAUUGA